CGAGGAGCUAUGAUAAGCCUUUUUAAUUGUAAUGUAGAGUGCAAUCCAGGACAUUUUGGAAUCAAUUGUAUGGAGAAGUGUCCAUUCCCAAAUUACGGUGAACAAUGUGCGCAGAGUUGUAACUGCUCUUUAGAAGAUUGUAACUAUGCUACAGGAUGCUCUUUACCAAACACCGAAAGUAACGGUACAACGUACUUCAGUGAGAAAAUUGACAAGAUUAACCAAAACCGUUUUUAUCUUCGCGUGGGUGUGUACGUCUUUGGAGGUGUUCUUAUUGUUUUUGUUAUAAUCUUUAUGUGGAUAGAAUUGCAUCAAAGGACCAAACGACGUCUUGAUGAACAAAAUAUGUGCGAUGAAAAUGUACCAGCUUACGACGAGAUUAUAAUAAGUGAAGAGAAUGGGGGUGUUUUUAUCUUAGAAAAUGAGCAUCUUUAAAAUGAAACAAAGCAACUUGUGAUCCGUGCAGAACAUGAAAAUGAAGAAAUAAAAUAAGAGUUAUGAAUAAUGAUCAGCAAAAUUGCCCUAAAAAGACAUUCAUGAUUAAACUUACAUGUAAUAACAAAUCAGAGCACCAGAGACUCCAGAUAUCAGACAAUACAUUCACGGAUGCCUUACACACAUGAAACGCAUAUAUUCAUACAGAAGAUCAAAAAGAAAAA